CAGGAGGCGGGAGACAUGGUUGCAUCACUCAUUACGCAGAAGGAGAAAGGCUUUGGGGGUGAGCGCCACACCCACUACUCCUUCUCCUCCUCCUCCUUCUCAGCGAGAUAUAAAAAGCUGGUUUGCCUUCUGCUUUCUUCAGAGUGUCAGGCCAGGGUUCGAGUCACUCUGAUAUUAACUUUACAUCCCCUCCAAGACCAAAGAUCUCCAAAACAAAUGGCACCCGUCGGAUCAAAGAAGGGCAUCCUGGAACGCCUGAAUGCAGGCGAGAUUGUGAUCGGAGACGGCGGCUUCGUCUUCGCCCUGGAGAAGAGAGGCUACGUCAAAGCCGGACCCUGGACUCCUGAAGCUGCAGCUGAGCACCCCGAAGCGGUGCGACAGCUGCACAGAGAAUUCCUGAGGGCGGGGUCAAAUGUCAUGCAGACUUUUACCUUCUACGCCAGCGACGAUAAACUAGAGAACAGAGGCAACACUGUUGGCUUCACUGGGGCGCAAGUCAACGAGGCUGCUUGUGACCUGGCCAGGGAGGUAGCCAAUGAGGGCGAUGCCUUGGUGGCUGGUGGAGUCUCUCAGACCCCGUCCUACCUGAGCUGCAAAAGCGAGACUGAUGUGAAGGCCAUCUUCAAGAAGCAGAUGGACGUCUUCAUCAAGAAGAACGUGGACUUCCUGAUCGCCGAGUACUUCGAGCACGUGGAGGAAGCCGAGUGGGCCGUCCACGUCCUGAAGGCCACUGGGAAACCCGUCGCUGCCAGCCUGUGCAUUGGACCAGCAGGAGACAUGCAUGGAGUCUCCCCCGGAGAGUGCGCUGUCCGUCUGGUGAAGGCUGGUGCCGACAUCGUCGGUGUGAACUGCCACUUUGACCCGAAGACCUGUGUCGAGACUGUGUCCAUGAUGAAGGCGGCAGUGGAGAAGGCUGGACUCAAAGCUCACUACAUGGUGCAGCCUCUGGCCUACCACACACCUGACUGCGGCUGCCAAGGCUUCAUCGACCUGCCCGAGUUCCCAUUCGCUCUGGAGCCCAGAGUGCUGACCCGCUGGGACAUGCAGCAGUACGCCAGAGAGGCCUACAAGGCAGGUAUCCACUUCAUUGGAGGCUGCUGUGGGUUCGAGCCCUAUCACAUCCGUGCUGUAGCUGAGGAGCUGGCUCCGGAACGAGGCGUCCUGCCCGAGGGCUCGCAGAAGCACGGCCAGUGGGGAAGCGGCCUGGAAAUGCACACCAAGCCCUGGGUCCGCGCCAGAGCCCGUCGUGAUUACUGGGAGAAGCUGAAGCCCGCCUCGGGUCGCCCGUUCUGCCCAUCCAUGUCCAACCCGGACAGCUGGGGCGUCACUAAAGGCCACCCGGACCUGAUGCAGCAGAAGGAGGCCACCACUCAGGAGCAGCUGCGCCCACUGUUCGCCAAGUCUGAAACCAAGUCCUGAAUAUGGAGACGAAGGAAAAACCCACGCUCAUUCGUGCCACCAGAGUGUGGGAAACUGAGAGAGAGAAGAGGGGAGGAAAGAGAUUGGAAAAAGACGAGACCUUGCUCUCUCGCUCUCUCGCCCGUUUUUUCUCUGUUAGGUUACAUAUAAUCAAAAGCGAAAUGUUCAUAUUGGCAUGUUUUUGCCAGGACCAUUUUUCUAUCGAAACAAACUCUGUAUUCUUUUUCUCCAGCGCGUGAAGGCAGUGUUUAGACUAAAAUGUACAUUUAUGAUUGUAGCUGAGGCACCGUGGUCUUUGCUUUUUACCAUAUGAUAUCGAUGUAACGUUUUGGUCUAUGCUCUGUGAGUCGAUUCCACCUCUCUGAUGACUCUAGAUGGCACUGUACAACUCGUCGCUGCUGAGAUGAGCAAAGCUGCGUGACCAUUCAUCCAUUUGGAGUCGUUCGUAAUUCCAGGUUCGCCGAACACUCCAGGCUUUCAACGGUGUUGUCCGAUCAAGUGCUUUCUUGACGUUUUGCAUUCUGUUGUUGACUUGUUGCUUCAUUAAACAUGUCAAUGUGA